GCGCAUCGAUUCUGAAAGCAAAAAAAAAAAUCUUAGCCGCCACCUCUAACUAACUCUUCUAUAUAAGCCUCUCUCCAACACCUCCUUCAAAAAAUAUCCGACUCCGGUUUCUCAUUUUCAAUAAGUGUGACGGAGAGAAACCAAGAUUGCAUUUCGAAACCGAAAUUCAAGAAACGAAUAUUGCGAUUGUACAGAUUCUGAGUUGCCGAAUCUGAAUUGAGUGGACAUGGCUACGCCGUUCGUAGCGGACGAUCUGGCUCGGACGACGAGCAGCGCACGGAGCUGGAAGUCGGGGAGCAUAAGGGAGGUGUGGCAGGGGCCGCCGGACGUGUUCCAGAGGAACAGCACGCGGCGGCAGGAGGUGGACGAGGAGGAGGAGCUGAGAUGGGCGGCGAUAGAGAGGCUGCCGACGUACGACAGGGUGAGGAAGGGGAUGCUGCAGCAGGUGAUGAGUAACGGGAGGGUCGUCAGGCAAGAGAUGGACAUGACCAACCUUGGCACGCAGGAUAAGAAGCAGUUGAUGGAGAGUGUUCUCAAGGUUGUCGAGGAUGAUAAUGAGAGGUUCCUCCAGAGGCUCCGCGCUCGAACCAACAGGGUUGGAAUUGAAGUUCCAAAGAUUGAAAUAAGGUUCCAGAAUUUCUCGAUCGAGGGAGAUGCAUAUGUAGGGACCAGAGCACUUCCAACUCUUCUCAAUUCUACCCUGAAUGCAAUUGAGGGAAUUAUUGGAAUGAUUGGGCUUUCUCCAUCUAAGAAAAGGGUUGUCAAGAUACUCCGGGACGUGAAUGGAAUCGUAAGACCAUCAAGGAUGACACUGCUUCUGGGACCUCCUGGUGCAGGAAAGACAACAUUGCUAAAGGCACUUGCCGGGAAAUCUGAUGAAAAUUUAAGGAUAGCUGGAAAAGUCACCUACUGUGGCAAAGAGUUUAAGGAAUUCGUUCCUCAGAGAACCAGUGCUUACAUCAGCCAGCAUGAUCUUCACUACGGUGAGAUUACUGUUCGCGAAGCACUGGAUUUUUCUGGACGUUGUUUGGGAGUUGGAACGAGGUACGAGAUGCUUUUGGAGUUGUCAAGAAGAGAGAAAGAAGCAGGCAUUAAACCGGACCCUGAGAUUGAUGCCUUCAUGAAAGCCACAGCCAUGGCUGGCCAGGAAACCAGUUUGAUUACUGAUUAUGUUCUCAAGAUACUUGGAUUGGAUAUUUGUGCUGAUAUUAUGGUGGGCGAUGACAUGCGAAGGGGGAUUUCCGGUGGACAAAAGAAGCGUGUCACUACUGGAGAAAUGUUGGUAGGACCAGCAAAAGCAUUUUUCAUGGACGAAAUAUCCACGGGGCUAGAUAGUUCUACCACUUUCCAGAUAGUCAAGUACAUUAGGCAAAUGGUUCACAUAAUGGAUGUAACCAUGGUCAUCGCUCUCUUGCAACCAGCCCCUGAAGCAUUCGAUCUCUUCGACGAUGUAAUCCUCCUUUCUGAAGGCCAAAUUGUUUACCAAGGCCCUCGUGAGAAUAUUCUUGAGUUCUUUGAGUACAUGGGAUUCAAGUGCCCACAAAGAAAAGGAGUUGCAGAUUUUCUCCAAGAGGUGACUUCCAAAAAGGACCAAGAACAAUACUGGUUCAAAAAGAACCAACCUUAUAGGUUCGUCUCAGUACCCGAUUUUUCCAAGGCCUUCAACACUUUCCACGUGGGCCAACGGAUUUCUGAAGAUCUCAGAAUUCCUUAUGAUAAGUCAAAAGCCCACCCGGCUGCACUUGUGACCGAAAGCUAUGGAAUCUCCAAUCGUGAACUCUUUAGGGCAUGCUUUUCGAGGGAGUGGCUUCUGAUGAAGCGAAACUCCUUUAUUUACAUAUUCAAAGUUGUUCAGUUAACAAUCAUGGCGAUAAUUGCAUUGACUGUCUUCUUAAGAACGGAAAUGAAGUAUGGUAGAAUUGAGGAUGCUUCCAAAUUCUGGGGGGCGCUGUUUUUCAGUAUGAUUAAUGUGAUGUUCAAUGGGAUGACUGAGCUUGCGAUGACAGUUUUUAGGCUUCCUGUUUUCUUUAAGCACAGAGAUAGCUUGUUCUAUCCAGCUUGGGCUUUUGGGUUGCCCAUUUGGCUCCUCCGGAUUCCUGUUUCAUUGAUGGAAACUGGGAUAUGGAUCAUACUUACUUAUUACACCAUAGGGUUUGCACCAUCUGCUAGUAGGUUCUUCAAACAAUUCCUGGCUUUCUUUGGUGUACAUCAAAUGGCUCUCUCUCUCUUCCGAUGCCUUGCUGCUGCUGGAAGAACUCCUGUUGUUGCAAAUACAAUGGGAAUGUUCACUUUGCUAUUGGUUUUUGUGCUUGGAGGCUUCAUUGUGUCCAAAGAUGACAUUGAACCGUGGAUGAUAUGGGGAUAUUGGAUUUCUCCCAUGAUGUAUGGACAAAAUGCCGUCGCAAUGAAUGAAUUUCUCGAUGACAGAUGGAGUGCCCCCAUCAAUGGCACUUCCCAGCCUACAGUUGGAAAGACCCUUCUUGAUGGCAGAGGACUCUUUGUGGAGGAAUACAUGUUCUGGGUUUGUAUUGCAGCGCUUUUUGGGUUUUCCCUUCUUUUUAAUGGUCUUUUCAUCGCAGCACUUACAUACCUAAGUCCUUUGGGUGAUUCUAAACUACUUUUAGAAGAUGAUCAAGAUACUAAUAAUAGGCAUCAACGAACAUCAAAUGGCGAAGGUACCGAUAUGGCUGUAAGAAACGCUGGAGGAGACACCAGCUCAAGUCAAGUCGCAAGAGGAAUGGUUUUGCCUUUCCAGCCCCUUUCACUUGCAUUCAACCAUGUGAACUACUAUGUGGAUAUGCCAGCAGAAAUGAAGAGUCAGGGAGUUGACGAUAACCGUUUGCAACUUUUACGGGAUGUUAGUGGUGCUUUCAGACCGGGUAUUUUGACAGCACUAGUUGGUGUCAGUGGUGCUGGGAAGACCACAUUGAUGGAUGUCUUAGCAGGAAGAAAAACCGGGGGGUAUAUUGAAGGAUCCAUAAGCAUUUCUGGUUUCCCAAAGAAUCAAGAAACAUUUGCCAGAGUCAGUGGUUAUUGUGAACAAAAUGACAUUCAUUCGCCAUAUGUUACCGUUUACGAGUCUCUGUUAUACUCUGCAUGGCUGCGUCUAGCUUCGGAUGUGAAUACGGAAAGACGAAAGAUGUUUGUGGAGGAAGUCAUGGAUCUAGUCGAGCUUCACCCUCUACGACAUGCUCUAGUUGGUCUUCCAGGAGUCAAUGGUCUUUCAACUGAACAGAGGAAGAGGCUCACCAUUGCUGUUGAGUUGGUGGCUAAUCCAUCCAUCAUUUUUAUGGAUGAGCCCACAUCAGGCCUUGAUGCGAGAGCUGCUGCAAUUGUCAUGCGUACUGUGAGGAACACAGUGGACACUGGCCGAACUGUUGUGUGCACCAUUCAUCAACCCAGCAUAGACAUUUUUGAAGCUUUCGAUGAGCUUCUGUUGAUGAAGAGAGGAGGGCAAGUGAUAUAUACUGGACCUCUUGGUCGCCAGUCUCACAAGCUUGUUGAAUAUUUUGAGGCUGUUCCAGGGGUUGCCAAGAUUAAAGACGGUUACAAUCCAGCUACAUGGAUGCUUGAGGUCACUGCUAAUUCAAUUGAGGCUCAACUCGAUGUUGACUUUGCAGACAUUUAUGCCAAUUCUGACCUCUAUCGGAGGAAUCAGGAUCUUAUCAAGGAGCUAAGCACUCCAGCACCAGAUGCCAAGGACCUCUACUUCCCCAACCAAUAUUCCCAACCCUUCCUAACUCAAUGCAAGGCUUGUUUCUGGAAGCAACACUGGUCAUACUGGAGGAACUCACAGUACAAUGCCAUCCGGUUUUUCAUGACUGCUGUCUUCGGUAUACUCUUUGGUGUCAUCUUUUGGAACAAAGGAAACAAAAUAUCAGAACAACAAGAUCUGCUUAACUUGCUUGGAGCUGUCUAUGCUGCCAUCCUUUUCCUUGGAGGCACCAAUGCUUCUUCAGUCCAAACUGUUGUAGCAGUGGAGAGAACUGUCUUUUACCGUGAAAGGGCAGCAGGAAUGUACUCAGAGUUGCCAUACGCAUUUGCUCAGGUGGCCAUAGAAACUAUUUAUGUUUUCAUUCAGACAAUCAUUUACGCUCUUCUUCUGUUCUCGAUGAUUGGGUUCGAAUGGAAAUUAGCCAAAGUCUUGUAUUUCUACUAUUUCAUAUUCAUGUGCUUUACCUACUUCUCGAUGUACGGGAUGAUGGUUGUCGCGCUGACUCCAAACCACCAAAUUGCUUCUAUUUGCAUGUCCUUCUUCCUCAGUUUCUGGAACUUGUUCUCUGGUUUCCUUCUCCCUAGGCCGCUUAUCCCUGUGUGGUGGAGGUGGUACUACUGGUGCUCUCCCGUCGCUUGGACAAUCUAUGGUAUUUUCACUUCUCAAGUUGGAGACAAGGAUACUCCACUUACUUUAGAAGGUGGGAAUGUGACAACAGUCAAGAUAUUCCUUAAAGACAAUAUGGGUUUUGAUGAAGACUUCCUCGUACCCGUAUUGUUUGCCCAUUUGGGUUGGGUGCUCGGAUUCUUCUUAGUCUUCGCCUAUGGCAUCAAGUUCCUUAACUUCCAAAGGAGAUAGACGAUCAGAAAAGCUUCGUUUCACUCCGAAUAUCAGUAAAAUGUCGAGAUUCACACAUCCUAAACAAGAUGAUCUACUUUAUGCUGUACACAAGUUUAGUUAAGGAGA